UUUCUCGGACCGGUUGGCGCUUCGUGACAUUGCCGGGAUAAUACUUCCUGUAGCACUGUGGCGUGUUUGUUUCGUUCACAGCGCUGUAGUUUUGUUGUUGUUUGUUUUAUUCAUUAUUUUGAAUCUUUAGAUACAAGUAGCUCCUACAUUUUGAGCUAUGGAGACGAUUUUGGAGCAGCAGAGGCGCUAUCAUGAGGAGAAGGAAAGGCUUAUGGAUUCCAAAACAAAAGAAAUGCUGCUCAAGAAAACGACGCUACGAGACCAGAUCAAUUCCGAUCAUCGCACAAGAGCAAUGCUGGAUAGGUACAUGGAAGUGAGUGCAAAUUUACGGGAUUCUUAUGAAGAUAAAGAUGGAAUGAGAAAGGAAGAGCUGAAUGCCAUUUCAGGACCAAAUGAGUUUGCAGAGUUCUAUAACAGAUUGAAACAGAUCAAAGAGUUUCAUAGGAAACACCCUAAUGAGAUCUGUGUGCCAAUGUCUGUUGAGUUUGAGGAGUUAAUUAAAGCUAGAGACAACCCCAGUGAGGAAGCACAAAACUUGGUUGAGUUCACGGAUGAGGAAGGAUAUGGCCGAUACUUGGAUCUGCAUGAUUGUUACCUGAAGUUCACCAAUCUAAAGGGGUCGGAGAAACUUGAAUACAUUACCUAUUUAUCUACGUUUGAUCAGCUGUUCGAUAUUUCUAAAGAGAGGAAGAAUGCUGAAUACAAAAAGUAUCUUGAAAUGCUUUUGGAAUACCUCAUGGACUACACAGACAGAGUAAAACCUUUACAAGACCAAAAUGAACUCUAUGGAAAAAUUCUCAUUGAGUUUGAAAAGAAGUGGGAAAAUGGCACCUUUCCUGGCUGGCCGAAAGAGACCAGCAGUGCAUUGACACAUGCUGGAGCACAUUUGGAUCUCUCUGCAUUUUCAUCUUGGGAGGAACUGGCUUCCUUGGGGUUGGACAGAUUGAAAUCUGCUCUGAUGGCUUUGGGUCUGAAAUGUGGAGGGACGCUAGAAGAGCGGGCACAGAGACUCUUCAGCACCAAAGGGCAGUCCUUGGAGUCGCUAGAUCCGUCACUCUUUGCAAAGAAUCCCAAAUCCAAAGGACCCAAAAAGGACACCGAGCGUAACAAAGAAAUGGCUUUCCUAGAAGCUCAGAUCUAUGAAUAUGUGGAAAUUCUUGGGGAACAAAGACAGCUGACCCAUGAGAAUGUGCAGCGGAAGCAGGCUCGUACUGGUGAGGAGCGAGAGGAAGAGGAUGAAGAGCAGCUGAGCGAGAGUGAGAGCGAGGACGAGGACAACGAGAUCAUUUACAACCCCAAGAACCUGCCGUUGGGCUGGGACGGCAAGCCUAUCCCUUACUGGCUGUACAAGCUUCAUGGUUUGAAUAUCAACUACAACUGUGAGAUCUGUGGUAACUACACCUACAGAGGACCUAAAGCAUUUCAGCGUCAUUUUGCGGAAUGGCGUCAUGCUCACGGCAUGAGAUGUCUUGGUAUUCCCAACACUGCGCACUUUGCCAACGUAACUCAGAUUGAGGAUGCAGUUUCAUUAUGGGCAAAGUUGAAGUCGCAGAAAGCAUCUGAACGAUGGCAGCCAGACACAGAGGAGGAAUACGAGGACUCCAGCGGAAAUGUAGUCAACAAAAAGACAUACGAGGACUUGAAACGACAGGGGCUGCUUUGAACAGGGCUAUUGGAAAUGGAAAUUAGAAUUUCCUUAGCAUUUGUGAAGAACGUCUAAAGAAAAUGUGUUUGAGGUGACAUUAAAAUUGUACAAGCCUGUUUUAAAUUGGAAAUAUUUUUUUUUGUUUUGUUUUGGAUCAUAAUUAAAUCAUUACUGUUACCUGCCCUACCCCUUAUUUUUUUUUAGGACCAUUAUUAAAACCCAGAUGUGUACAGUUGUCCUCAAUAAAAUUUAUUUGGAUUUUU